AUGGCCCUCUCGCCCUGGGCCAUCUGCUGCCUCCUGGGGGGCCUCCUGCUCAGCAGGGGCAACCCCAGUCCUGGCCCCAGCGUGCCCCGCCUGCGGCUCUCCUACAGAGACCUCCUGUCUGCCAACCGCUCUGCCAUUUUUCUGGGUCCCCGGGGCUCCCUGGACCUUCAGGCCAUGUACCUGGAUGAGUACAGGGAUCGCCUCUUCCUGGGGGGUCGCGAUGUCAUCUACUCUCUGCGGCUGGACCAGGCAUGGUCGGAUCCCCGGGAGGUCCUGUGGCCACCGCAGCCAGGACAAAGGGAGGAGUGUGUUCGAAAAGGAAGAGAUCCUUUGAUGGAGUGCGCCAACUUUGUGCGGGUGCUGCAACCCCACAACCGGACCCACCUGCUGGCGUGUGGCACUGGGGCCUUCCAGCCCGUCUGCGCCCUCAUCAUGGUCGGGCGCCGUGGGGAGCAUGUGCUCUACCUGGAGCCUGGCAGUGUGGAAAGUGGGCGGGGAAGAUGCCCGCAUGAGCCCAGCCGUCCCUUCGCCAGCACCUUCGUAGGCGGGGAGCUGUACACGGGUCUCACUGCUGACUUCCUGGGGCGUGAGGCCAUCAUCUUCCGGAGUGGGGGUCCUCGGCCAGCCUUGCGUUCUGACUCUGACCAGAACCUCCUGCACGACCCCCGGUUUGUGAUGGCUGCCCGGAUCGCUGACAACUCUGACCAGAAUGAUGACAAGGUGUACUUCUUCUUCUCGGAGACUGUCCCCUCACCAGAUGGUGGCCCAGGCUAUGUCACCGUCAGCCGUGUGGGUCGUGUCUGCGUGAAUGACGCUGGUGGCCAGCGUGUGCUGGUGAACAAAUGGAGCACCUUUCUCAAGGCCAGGCUGGUCUGCUCAGUGCCUGGUCCCGGUGGUGCUGAGACCCACUUUGACCAGCUGGAGGACGUGUUCCUGCUGUGGACCAAGGCAGGGAAGAGCCUCGAGGUGUAUGCGCUUUUCAGCACAGUCAGUGCUGUGUUCCAGGGCUUUGCAGUCUGCUUGUAUCACAUGGCGGACAUCUGGGAGGUCUUCAAGGGGCCUUUUGCUCACCAAGAUGGUCCCCAGCACCAGUGGGGGCCUUAUGGGGGCAAAGUGCCCUUCCCCCGCCCUGGCAUGUGCCCCAGCAAGAUGACUGCGCAGCCUGGGCGACCCUUCGGCAGUACCAAGGACUAUCCGGAUGAGGUGCUGCAGUUUGCCCGAGCCCACCCUCUAAUGUUCCGGCCUGUGCGGCCUCGGCGGGGCCGCCCUGUCCUUGUCAAAACCCACCUGGCCCAGCAGCUGCGGCAGAUCGUAGUGGACCGUGUGGAGGCAGAGGACGGGACCUAUGAUGUCAUCUUUCUGGGGACUGACUCAGGUUCAGUGCUCAAGGUCAUGGCCCUCCAGUCUGGGGGCUCAGCUGAGCCUGAGGAGGUGGUUCUGGAGGAGCUCCAGGUGUUUAAGGUGCCAACAGCCAUCACUGAGUUGGAAAUUUCGGUCAAAAGGCAAAUGCUGUAUGUGGGCUCAAGGCUAGGUGUGGCUCGGCUGAAGCUGCAUCAGUGUGAGACUUAUGGCAGUGCCUGUGCAGAGUGCUGCCUGGCCCGGGACCCAUACUGUGCCUGGGAUGGGGCCUCUUGUACCCACUAUCGACCUGGCACCAGCAAGCGCCGGUUCCGUCGGCAGGACAUCCGGCAUGGCAACCCUGCCCUGCAGUGUCUGGGCCAGAGCCAGCAUGAGGAGACUGCAGGACCCCUGGCGACCACCACAGUCUAUGGCACAGAGCACAACAGCACCUUCCUGGAGUGCCUGCCCAAGUCUCCCCAGGCAGCUGUGCGCUGGUUCUUGCAGAGGCCUGGGGACGAGGGACCUGACCAGGUGAAGACUGACGAGAGAGUCUUACAAACAGAGCAAGGGCUGCUGUUCCGCAGGCUCAGCCGCCUCGAUGCCGGCACUUAUAUCUGCACUACGCUGGAGCACAGCUUCUCCCAGACGGUGGCCCGCCUGGCUCUGGAGGUGAUCGUUGCCUCACAGCUCAACAGCCUGUUCCCUCAGGAGUCCAGGCAAGAGGAGACCCAUGCCCAGGGAGGCCUGGCCUUCACUUCGCCCAAGGCCUGGUACAAAGACAUCCUGCAGCUCAUCGGCUUCGCCAACUUGCCCCGAGUAGAUGAGUACUGUGAGCGCAUGUGGUGCUCGUCCAGGAGCCGGGGCAAACAGGCCAAAGGCAAGAGCUGGGCAGGGCUGGAGCUGGGCAAGAAAGUGAAGAGCCGGGUGCAGGUCGAGCGCAAUCGGACGCCCCGGGAGGUGGAGGCCACAUAGAAGAGGGUAGACGGAAGAGGGGGUGGUUGGGAUGGGCCUAGUGGCCCAACAUCCACCCCCAGUGUCUUCCAACCCCCAGUGUCUUCCAAACCCCCCAGCUAGGGGGCCAGCAGGCCUGAUCAUCAAUUAGAAAUGGGAGUCUUUGCCCUCUAAACCCCUACCAGACUGCCACAGGAAAGGCUGGGGCCUGAUGGAGGGACCCUGUGCCUGUGCCCUGCCCCUCUCUGCUCUCAGUUCCAGUUGAAGCCAGCACCCUCCUGCUGCUGGCAACCCCACUGGGCCCAUUUGUUCUCAGAGGUGGACCCCAGAUUGCAUUUCCGGUUGUGCCUAAGGCACGAGGGCUGGGUGGUGCUUUCCCAGCUGUAGAACAAUGGCCAUUCUGAGUGACCCUUAGCGUGGGUAUGUGGGUGCAUCCGAAGAGGUGUCUGGGCAGGGGGUGGGCCCUCAGGCAGCCACAGGAGGGUGGACUUUGCCUCUAAGUUAGCACCCGUCAAGAAGACCUACACCGACUGAGCUGGGGAGGAGAAGUAGAGGUGCUGAGAAGGUGGAGCACUUUGUGUCCCGAUAGCUUGGUGGGCCCCUGCCACUGCCUACCACCUCUUCUCCAUCUCAUAACCACAGAAGCAUAGACUAUUAGAGCUCCCUGCAACCUAGGGGUGGACUUGUCCUCAGGCCUUACUUCAUAAACCAAGGGGGCCUCACAGCCUGACUCUCCUUACUCAGGUCCCUGAGCUGCCAGGCCAGCUUUCCUACGAUGCCCAGCCCUCCUGAUAGGAUGCCUCCUCCCCACUAUCAGGGUCUUCAUGCUGAUGAGUAGGGCAAGGGUGGGUUCCAGAAGAUCAUCCCUGCCUCUGUGGACUAGAGAUGGG